CAGAGGAACUUUCUGAAGACAUGAAGUCUCCUGUAGCAUUUACUCUGCUCUUUCUGGUGAUCAGCUUCAAGAAUGCGCAUCUGCAGUUCCGUGAUGACUGCAAACAUUUUGCAGACAACCUACCUCGCAGACUCCGUGAGCUAAGAGCCACUUUUAAUAAGGUUAAAGAUUAUUUUCAAAGCAGAGAUGAUGAGCUAGACAUCCUAUUGCUAAAAGAAGAUUUGCUUGAAGAUUUCAAGGGGUACUUGGGAUGCCAGUCAGUGGCAGAAAUGAUCCAGUUCUACCUGGAGGAUGUUUUGCCAAAUGUGACCACCAGCAACACUGUUGGAAAAGAUGUAGGCUUCCUUGGAAAUAUGCUGCUGGAUCUGAGACAAACAAUCAAGCGCUGUCAUAGGUUCUUCAUCUGCGAAAGGAAGAACAAAGCAAUAAAGAACAUCAAAGAAACCUAUAAAAAGCUGCAUGUCAAAGGCAUCUACAAAGCAAUGGGAGAAUUUGACAUUUUCAUCGAUUAUAUUGAAGAAUAUCUUAGAAUGAAGAUGAGAAAUUGA